ACAGAUUUCUAGCCUCAAUUUCAAAUGGCUCUGCAGAAUUUCGAAAAACACAUGAAAAAGUAUCGAAAUUUAUGAAAAGAGAGCAGACGAUAUGAAUAAUAGCCAGAUUACCAAUGAUGGAGAGAGUGAUGUUGAAAUAUGUGUAGUAGAUGAAGAUGAAACAAAACAUGAUGAAGAAAUGGAAGAAGAUUCACGGAGAGGCACUGAAACAGAACCAGAAGAGAACGAAAAAAGUGACUUUCAGAUAGAAUCUUCCGCCAGCAUUGUCACAGAAGUUCCUAAAGACAUAAAUGAUUUUAAGAAGCCUACCCUUAUACAGAACUCAAAACAUACAGAGAAUGAACCCAAAGAAAACAAUAUUGAUAAUAUAGACACAGAUCUGUCCAAUUUUCAGACAACGAUGAUGUCAAUUGAAAAUGCUGCUAACGACAGUAGUGAAUCAAGUGAUGAUGAGGAUUCCAGUUGUCAUUAUGAUUCUGAUGAUGAUGAUGAUGGGGAUGUAUUUGAUAGAUUUUAUUUUGAGUCUGAUCACCUUGCUUUCAAGCACAACAAAGAUUACAAGAAUAUGUUAAAAACAUUGAUUGUGUUAGAGGCAGCCAGAAUGGAUUCUGUAAAGGAUCUUGAGAAGCUGCACUUAUGGAAGGAAAAGGCAUUAAAAGACCCAAUAUCAUUCAUUGAGGCCUUGCAAUCAAAGAACCCUCCACAACUACCAGAGAGAAGGCAAAUCAUAGGGCUGCCAAAUGUUGACUGGAUGCAGUAUUUGACAUCAGCUGAUUCACUGAAGUAUGAAAGUGGGAACCAGAUCAGCACAAGGAGAAGCUUUCGUACAAAAGGCGACUCGGCUCUUGAAGAAGAUCGUAUGAAGCCAUAUGGUAACAUCCAAGAAGACAAUGAAAGUGCUGUUUCCGAUGGUUCUCAAGACCAACAGAAAAUUAUUAGAGGGAGAAUACUCGACGAAAGCAAAGCAAUGACAUUUAACAGACUUUGGACUACGGAGGAGCAAGAAAAAUUAGAAAAACUUCUGCACAUCUAUCCACCGGAGGAUGUUGAAGCAAGAAGAUGGGAGAAGAUUGCUAGAGCACUCGGGAAUAGAACUCCAAAACAGGUUUCGAGCCGGGUCCAGAAAUAUUUCAUCAAGUUGGCAAGAGCUGGUUUACCAAUUCCAGGCAGAAUCCCCCAUUUGACAACCCAAAGGAAGUCGAAAAUGAAUCCUGUGAGCUACCGAAAUUCGACAUUUUUCCCAUCAUGGAAGCCAAGCGUGUACAUGAAUGAUGAUGAUGAUGAUGAUGCUUCAAGUGUCACCACAAUGCAAUCGGAUGAUACCCCCUACCCAUCUGACGAAGAAGCUAUUUCUUUCGAUUUAAAAGAUUCAGCAGAGUAUAAAGAACUUAUGAACUUGAAAAGAUUGCGAAAAGAAUACAAAGAGGGUUUAUUUCAUUGCUGCUCGUGUGGCAUAAAGCCAAUAAAAGGGCCCCGAUGGUACUGUAUAGAUUGUCCAGAUGAUGUUCCGUACAAUAUUUGUAGAGAGUGCAACGAAAGGAAUGCACAUAUAUUUACCAACACCCACUCAACAACACAUCGGGUUGUUCUAGCAGAGAAAAGUCAAUCAUUUAUUGAUGGAGACUAUACGAACUUUGAACUGCAAGAGGGAAAAUACAACUACCUUGAUCCAAACUUUAAUCCAAGAUGACGAAAGCAAUUCAUCUCAAAUAGAGUUAUGUCGAUGUUCCUGAUGGGGACAACAAUGACUUUUAGUUGCCUCACUUUCCCCUACAUGUCAAAGGAGCGAGGCUAAAUUGCCAAAGACUGUAGCAGAUAAGAAUAAGAAAUACUUUCUGGUUAGAAUAUCUUAAUGAAUAUGUAAAACGUAAUGUGGUUGCAGAAAAUUUCAUGACUGUCUUUUAUUGGCUUUCUAAAAUAGGCACUUAUCACAGUUGUAUCUUCCUUUAGAAAUGUAUUUCUUGUAAUAUUUCUGGGCUGCGAA